AUGGCUCGUGAGACGGGAAAGGAAUUGGAGGGAUGCGGAUCCGCCAUUGACAAGGCAGAUCUCGUCGAGUCUAGGGAGAGCGCACAAGGCGUCUACAAGGGAUGGUUGUGCACGGAACAAUGGAUCUGGCUGCAUGAUGCGUAUGUGUGCGAGAUUGACAGCAUUGGAGAGGACCUGCGCGAGUCCUUCCGCGCAGGAGUAGUCGUGAUCGAUCAUGGCGAAUCCGCCUGUUCGUGCGCCAUCUGCUCUCAGCGUGCGCAGCUGCGUGAUCGCGUGGAUCCCAUGGGCGUUCAUGAAUGCGCAGAACGAGGCGAUCUGCCCUGGUCCGUUGCCGAGAUUACUCCCGAGUACGAUUUCGGAUACGAAUCGCGGGACAGCAUAAGCAUAGCCAUAAUGACACGUCAGCAUGAGUCGGAGCGCGUCGCGGGAAGAGAGGAACGGGAGCAAGUAGUAGAGGACAUCGUCGUUGAGGGCGCCGAACAAGUUGAGCGCGGUGGUGCCUACAGGAGCGUCAGGAGACGGCUUCAAACAUUUCCUUGUCCAUACGCGAAUGGGGUCUCUAGUAAACGUAUUACGACUGGCAACCAGAUCAGAUAUGCGGGUAAAUGCACGGAUUCCAUCGCGGCCUCACCUCUACAAGGAAAGGCACAACCUUGCACUGCAGGGUCGCAGCCCAAGAGCUUCUUGGCCGGAUUCGGGGGUCAUGGGCUUCAUCCAACACUCGUCAGCGUAGGCUUCAUGCACCACCCGUAUCUCGAACCCGACGAGAACUGGAAACAGCAGACAAGAAAGGAAAUCGAGCGGGAGUUAUGGCCUCUGGUCGAGGAAGCAAGAGCGCGGUGUACACAUCUGAGCCAGUAUUCGCCAGACUCCGUUGCUAUGAGAGUCAUGACAAAGCAAUACGAGCAAACCAUGACAUACAUCUGCAACAUGGCCGAAACGACGUAUCGGGAGCGUCUGGCGCGGGAGAGGGAGAGUCGCAAAAGCUCUCCAUAUGCGUACAUGAAUGAGCACGAUUUGACGCAGUAUCUUCGAGAGACAAGAAACGUCCUGGACGCCAUGCUCGCGACUCCGCGAUUUGCAGAGCGCGUGUCGUCCAGCGUGACUAGUCCUGAGCAGGCGCAAGAAGCUGCCAUCACAGGAUGGCAUCGAGAUCCAGUUGCCUUCGCCACCAACAUCCGGUCUGCUCCGCCCAGGGAAAGGGGGCAAGCUGUAGACGAUGAUCCUGCUGAUCUAUACAAAUGGCGCCUUCUCUCGACGAUGCGCGGCCCCCAUCGCGACCAGAGGAGCUGGGCCUAUCAUACAAUCGGCGAAAGUCGGAAACGAUCUACGCAGGUAGAAGCAAACGUAUCUCGAGCGGACAUCGAUGGCGAAGGCAGUAGCCAAGAUGUCGGUAUGAGACGCUCGAGGAAUGUGCCUGGAGUUCCAGAGGAUGUCAGUUCCACGACGAGUGCGAAUCUCGGAUCUACAAUCGACUUUGAGGGCGAACAAGGCCGUAGGGUGAGACUCGACGAAAAGGCUUCGCACCGCCUGAGGCAAGAGCUCGGAGGCAAAGCAGACAGAGGCGCAUACAGAGAGGUAGAAGAGGUGCUUGACAUGAAGACAGAUGCAGAGCAAAUGGAAGACUUGAUGGACAAGCAACGGGAGCUGCGAGUUAAGGUGAAACGACUUAAAGGUGAAAAGCUGACAUUGUUGAGUCGAGAGCAAGCUAUACGAGCCGCACAGACGAUAGGCGAUGGAGAGACAAAGUUCCGAAUCAGCGCGAAGAUCAUCGAUCGAGUGAGCGAGAUCAAAGGAAAUUCUGGUCAAGCUCGUUACUUGGUGGGUUUACUAGACUCGAACCUCCUAGUAUCCGGUCCGAAUGGGUCUCCAGGAAGGGGAGGGGUGAAGAGGAACGAAGGCAGAUCUAAUCCGGUAUCCUCGCAGAUGCAGAUGCAGAACGGGCUUCGCUGGCACUUCAAUCAGUCGGAGAUAUGAGCAGAUGAAAGGCGACGAGUCGUGUGGGUGUAUUUGUACCCAGGAAUUCAUGUCCGCGGAUGUAUAUUAGCAGAUUUUUGACGAGGUAGCACAUGAUGCAGUUUUGAGGAUACAUCUUGCCGCCGCAGUGGCCAGGAUAUGGUGCAUGCCUAGAAAAUAGACAGAUUGUUUCGCCAGAUACUAUGAGACUAUCGUAUACGAGUCGGUCGAAAGCCUGAGGAAACCUC